UCUCAGGGACAUGCUCAACAUCUCAAACAGCUCAGCGAUGGCUACCAACAGCUACGACAACGAGUCUGGCAACACUGAUGGCUACGACUACAACUACUCUCUUUGGAAUACCAGUAACGCCACAGACCUGGAUGACUACCUGUCCAGUGACUGGUGUGAAGCUGGUGAGCAGGAGUUCACCAUCAAAACCUUCCAGACUUGCGUUUUCUGCAUCAUCUUCCUGCUCGGCGUGGUGGGAAACUGCCUGGUGAUCGCCACCUUUGCUCUUUACGGUUGGGUUCGCCUCCGCUCCAUGACCGAUGUCUUCCUCUUCCACCUGGCGCUGGCCGACCUCCUCCUGAUCCUCACGCUUCCAAUUCAGGCCGCCGAGACUCACCUGGGGUGGAUCUUCCCGCUUUCACUUUGCAAGGUCACACGCGCGUGCUACGCUAUCAACACAUACAGCGGGCUCCUGCUGCUGGCCUGCAUCAGCGUCGACCGCUACCUGGUGGUGGCGCGAGCUCAAGAGAUGCUCAGGCUGCGCAGUCGGAUACUCACAGGCGGGACGGUCGCUGCUCUAGGCGUUUGGCUCGUUGCGGUGCUCCUCAGCCUGCCUGAAAUCCUCUUCUCUGGUGUGUCAGGCUCCGGCAGCGAGGCAUACUGCGGAAUGCAGAAUAGUGGAAAAGUCAAAAUGGCCACCAAUGGAGCCAUCAUUGGCAUCUUCUGCCUGUCGGUCCUCGUUAUGGUGACCUGCUACUCCUUGAUCGCCCGAGUGUUGGCGGAAGGUCAGGCUCACCGGCGAGGGAAGCAGUGGCAUCGUCAGCGUACCCUGAAGCUGAUGGUGGCUCUGGUGCUGGUCUUCGUCGUGUUCCAGCUGCCGUACACCGUGGUGCUGUCGCGUAAAAUGGCGGGACAGUUCUGCGGCCUCCUGCUGGAGUAUAUCACCUGCACGCUGGCAUACACCCGCUGUUGCCUCAACCCUAUCCUGUACGCCUUGGUGGGCGUCCGCUUCCGCAAUGACGUGCUGAGGCUGGUCCAGGACUCGAGCUGCCCGUGUGGGCCCCUGCUGGUGCCGCAGUCGGUCAGCUCCAUCUCCCCGUCCUCGCCGGCCGUCACAGUGCUCUCGGCCUGCUCUCCAACAUCCCCUGAACGUAGCAUCUUUGGCAGUGAGACAGUUUAUACCAACAAAUUUCAGUACCCAGGUAACAAUUCUAAGAUUCUUCAGAGUGGACUAUAAACAUGCUGCACACUAUGCAUUGUUUGUAUUAAAGAUGCAAAAUGUGCAUUUACAGAAAAAUGAAGGAUACUUCAACUGUAGGUAACCUAACAAAUGGGUUAUAAGCUCAUCCAAAAAGUUGAAAUUCAUCCGUGAUCUACUGACAUAGCCCACAAAACAUUUCUGGAGCUCGACAGCAAAACAGAAUCGCAUCACUCUCCUGAAACAACUGAAAUAACUGGAGAGAAAAAAACACACAUACAAAAAAACAACAACAUAAAAUGCCUCUAUCCAGCUCAUCUGGUCUAAUCCAAGUCGUCAGAGGCAACACGAUCCCAAACUGACUGUAUAAGACAUUAUUUUCACCUUCAGCCAGAGUGUCUGCCAACCACAACCACAGAGGCAGCAGCAUCACAUUUUUAUUUCAAGGAACUGAAAUUGUAUCAUUUGCAUUCACAGUAGUGCUCGAUGUUUACUUCUGUCCUCUUCUUAAUAUGUACAGUAUGAACUGUUCAUAGUUUUGGAUUAUUUUGUCCAAGGUCUUAGUUUCGUGUCUACACUGCCAGGGUGUAAACAUCAGACGUCAUUUGUUUAUUUGCUGUUUUAUUUUAUUAUCAGAAUUAUUGCUUCUAUCUAUAUUUGCAUGCUAAAUAAACUCAAACCCUUGACUUCACUUCCCCUUUCUAACUAAAUACUUUGUAUGGAUCGAUUGUGUCGUCAUUAGAUUAAAAUUAUGAAGUGUGUUUUUUGUUUUUGUUUCAUUACUAACAGUGUUGUUUUCAUUAUUAUACAUUUUUUAACAUAAUGAGACUUGUUGAAUAUGUCCUUGUUUCAUGUUUGCUGUACUAUCAAAGAUUGUUAGAUGUACUUUGUUUGUCUCGUAGUUUGACUGUAGUUUGUUGUUUCCAUUCACUUCAAUUAAACUUUGGUGCAUUAAUAACUUACCGACUCAUCUGUCCA